UUUUUGAAGAAAGAAACAGAGCAGCAGCACACAUUGCUGUUGCGCAGCACCGUGCAGAGAGCAACAGCAUGGCUUCCAGCCGCUUCCCCGCAGCCACAGACCAGUGGGAGAAGACGUCCAUGCCCGUGUGCUAUCCAGAGAAGAACAUUGGCAAGUGGCGGUUGUUCCUCAACUUCACAAAGCGGAAGCGAGACAAGGCGAAAAGACAGCGGAGUUCACGGUUUGCUUCUCGAGAGGCAGCGCUUGCCGGCGUCUUGGACUUCAGGACAGGCUGGGAGUACAGCCAUCGCGGCAAGCUCUACAAGCGCACGAUGAGAGAUCCAGUCCCAUCCUCAGCAGCUGUGGCGGCAGCGACUGCGCUUCCAGCAGGCAAGUCGUGUGCUCGCGGACUGCGCACAAGUCGGGUCUCAUGCACAACAGACGACAUGGAGGGCGGAUCCACUUGCUCCUCACACAAGACGAGAAGCACCUGCCAUUUUGUGCAACGCAGUUGGAGAUUGCAACACACGACCGAGCGCGACAACCUGAGGGCGUUAGCAAGUUAGAGACAUGGGGGGCUCUAUUAUACCAGUAGAUGUUUAGUAUGUCAACCAAGCCCUCGAACAAACGAUGAUAACGAGAUAAACAUAUUUCCACCCACGUAAUGUUGCCAGAUCAUCAAACACGACGGAGGCGUACGACCGCCCUGGGGCGCGCGUGUUGAAAGGUGUGG